GAGCAGCUUAGGCUUGGCAACCACAUUUCCUGCUUUUCUUCAAUGCUGCCUUUCUUCCAAUCCUCUUCCAAUCAGGUUGCCAGCACCUCCGCCUUAAGUUUUUCCAUGUCACUUUCCCCUUCCUUGUCAGGCUCUCUACCAACUGCGCAUUUCAAUCAAAUUGAGGCACUUCUUGGAUCAAUCAGGCUCUGAAGUUCAGCGCUCCAUCUUUUCAUAUGACUACCUCGGCGGCUCCCCUUGGCACCCCCCUUGCGCAUGAAGAUGUUCUCAAGCUCCAAGCGGAGCUGGCGGAGAUAGGCAUCCUGCAAGAGAAACUGAUCUUGCUCAGACAGGAGCUUCUCAAUUUGGACAGGAAACAGAUUGCGAAUCGAGAAGCACUAGCUGCACUGCAACGGCGGGCCAGAGAGCAAGAAGCCACCAGAAAGGGCGCCAGCAACAGUAGUGGAAUAUGCACAUCCUGCGGAGCUGAAGGAGGGGGCAUGCAUGAGCCUGUGUGGUUGGCGGCGGCCCCUAGCAGUGCCUUUGUGCUGCUGCCGCAUCAAAGGGCAGUCCGUCAGCUGGAGCAGGAUCAAGAAAGCUUGAAAUCGAAGUUUAAGCAGCUAAAAGUUGGUGAGAGAAAGCUUGAAAGCCUUUUAUCUGAAAAGGCCAGUCAAGCAUCUCAAAGUUCUUCAGAUCCUGGAGUCCUACAAACGCUUCUGUCCGUGAGAUAGUUGUGGGCAUGAUCGAUCUGAUGGUUCUGGAGUCCUUAAGAUCGGAUUAACCUCACAGAUAUGGUGCUUGGAUAUGGUGCAUCCAAUCGAGUGUUGAAAGCAGGCCGAAUUGCACAUGUUGAGGUGUCAUGCAAGG